AUGUAUCAACCACUACAAGCAGCAAAUGACACAGAAGCUGAACGAGAACUCAAUUCAAAUGCCAGUCCACUUCUGAACACCCGGCCCUACACACUGCUGACAUCCAAAGGGCCUGGGAGCCCAGUGGAGGCAGAGGUGGCCGAGACCACGGCUGGAGGCAAAGCCGGGAAGGACAGUGGCAAGGCCAAGGCCGUGUCACCCUCACAGAGAGCUGGGCUGCAGUUUCCUGUGCUGGAGCUGGCAGGGAAUACAUGGAAGGCUCUCAGAGUCAAGGGCCUCACUCCACGUCACUUGCAGCUCACUGUCCGCAGAGAUGAAGAAUUGGAUUCCCUCAUCAAGGCGACUACAGCUGGCAGUGGUGUGAUUCCUCACAUUCACAAAUCUCUGACUGGAAAGAAGGGACAGCAGAAAACCGCUUAG